CCGACGAGUGGAGCACCGAGGGCGAACGGCUCUAGCUCGGCGCCGGCCCCGGAGGGGCUUCCGGGGAGGGACUUUCGGAGAGACAGGCCCGACGAGUGGAGCACCGAGCGCGAACGGCUCUGCUCGGCGGCGGCGCGGGCACCCGAGGGGCUUCCGGGGAGGCAUUUCCGGCGCGCGGGGCUGGCGAGCGCGGGGGCUGCACCCGGCUCGGCCUCGGUCUCCAUGGCCUCCCUGCUCGCCAAGGACGCCUACCUGCAGGGUCUGGCCCGGAGGAUCUGCGCCCGGCCGGGCCCGGAGCCGCGGGAGCGCCGGCGGGCCGCCAAAACCCGGGCCGCGGGAGCUGCGGGGGCCCCUCCUAAGAAGAGGAAGAGAGCACAUAAAUCCCGGCAGCGGAGCGAGAAGGCGGCGCGGCCCGAGGUCCCGGCCCCGGGGCAGGAGUCUCCGGCCACCCCGGGGGCGCGGACAGCGGCUGCAGCCCAGCGCGAUGCGUCCCGGUCCGCAGGAGCCCCUGCCGGCGGCACGGCCUCAGAGCCCGAGUCCCUCUUUGCCCUGGAUGUCCUGCGACAGCGGCUGCACGAGAAGAUCCAGCAGGCCCGGGGCCAGGACCAGAAGGAGCUGUCAGCCGCGGCUCUGGAGAAGAGGCGCCGGAGGAAGCAGGAGCGGGAGCGGAAGAAGAGGAAGCGGAAGGAGCUGAGAGCGGGGGAGAAGGAGAAGGCGGCGGAGGGGCCACAGGCGGCCGCGGAGGCCGGCGCGCCGCCCCCAGCCCCUGACGCGCCCGGCCCGGAGGCCCAGGGAGGCUCGGGGCUGCUCUUCAAUAAGGUGGAGGUGCGCAGCGACGAGCCGCGCAGCAAGGCCCAGCGGCGCAGGGAGCGGCGGGCCCGGCUGAAGGGGAACCUGACGCCGCUCACCGGGCGGAACUACCGGCAGCUGCUGGAGCGGCUGCAGGCGCGGCGCGAGCGCGUGGAGGAGCUGCGGGAGCAGGACGCGGGGCGCGCGCAGGAGCUGCAGGCCCGCAUGCAGUGGACCAACCUGCUGUACAAGGCCGAGGGCGUGAAGAUCCGCGACGACGAGCAGCGGCUGCAGGAGGCGCUGAAGCGCAAGCAGCGGCGGCGGGCGCAGCGGGAGCGCGCGUGGCAGGGGCGCACGGCCCGCGUGGUGCAGGGCAUGCAGCAGCGCCAGGAGCGGCGGCGCCAGAGCCUGCGCCGGAGGAAGGCGGCCCGCGCCGCACGGCGCCUGGACAAGGCCCGCAAGAAGGGCCGCGUCCUGCCGCAGGACCUGGAGCGCGCCGGCCUGGUAGACUGAAGGGUGGCUCUGCAGGGGUGCAGCGGUACAGGGUCUGUGGCUUCGUGUCUGACAAGCUUGGUGUCUUCUGGGUUUGAGAGCAGGAAAUGCCCCCUUGGGGACCCCAGGGCUCGAGGUGAGGCCUGACCCCAGAGCAGAGAGCAAGCUGCCCGGAUCUUUGGCUGGUGAGCACUGCACCCCACCCUACCCCACCCUUCCCCACCCCAGGGCCUCUUGCUCUCCCCAGCUGGUCAGUCUUUACAGCUCGGUUCUGAAACAGGGACAGUCCACAGCCCCACACCGCGUGUGAGUAACCGAGACCCUGGCCGGCUUCGCAUCAGAGCCCCGGGCAACCGUGACUUUGUGCAGACAGGACAGGCAGAAAGCGGGGUUCAGGCCAGGGAAAGCUGCGACCUGCCGUGAGGUAGCCCCUGAGCCCUCUGGGCAUUGCCCCGAAUCCAAACUGUUCCUGAUUCUCCUGCUUUAGAAAUUAAGUAGAGCGCUGGAGGGAUCGCAGAGAGUUUGUCUCGGAGGUGCUGGGCUGUAGGUGGUGAACGCUGGAAUUCUUUCAGACCCUCCGGGGUGCGUGUGUGGAGCAGUGCAGGAGGGGAGCGCCCCCUCCCCCCGCCCUGCUGUGGCGCAGCCCCCAAGCCUAGUCUGAAUCUGAGCCUUGGGGGACCCCGCAGAGCAUACUCCCCUCCUCCCAGGAGCCUGUUCACAGGCCAGUGGCAGGUCUGAGGUCCCGCUUCCUGGAGUGGCUACAGCCAGUACCCCCUGCCACGCCCGGAGGCCCGUGCUCCUUCCUGAGCUGGCCCAGAGGGGUCCUGGGCGCUGUGGCCAAGGGCAGCUGCUCCCAGUCCACCCUGGCGCUGCUCUGGCCGGGCGCCUGGCUCCAUGAGUCCCCGGGGGGUGGCCUUGUAAGGAAGGUGAAGGGCAGAGUUGCAACACAGCCCGGCCUUGGUCCCCAGCACCCUGCAUGUUCCCUGAGAGCAGACGGGUAAGCCCUGAGCACCCGCGUCCUAACGGGGUGACUGGAGAGGCAAAAUGACAAGAGUGUGGCCAAACAGCCCCCAAAGAGCCCAGACCGUGAUGGGGAAGCCAGUCUGCAGCAGGACCCAGGGGGUGUAGGGCAGACCCGGCCUAGUCUCGGAGCACUGCAGGAUGGUGCCUCCAAACCAGACCUGGAGGUGGAAAGAUGGGACCAUGGGCCCCGUGCUGGGUGACCAGAGGCCAGGAGGGAAGAACCUCCCAGAGACCAGUUUGGGCAGCCACACACCAAGCGGGUAGACGAGGGAUUCCCUUCUGCCCGGGAAGGCAGGGGGUAUGGCUUAAACCUCCUUCACCCCAGGCUCCUGCCCCGCACCCUGGGGCUGCCCAACCUUCUCAGAGGAGGGAGAGGGAGGGCGAGCCAGCAAUUCCAGGGAAUUCAUCUUGCAAGAACCUUUUUUGAAAGCUAAGUGGAGGAACAAUCCGGAAGCGUUGGGGUAGGAUGAGCUGGGCCUGUGGAGCGUGUGGGAGCCCUGGGCUCGCUGCUGGGAAACGUGCCAAAUUGCCACGCAGGGGGCUCAGCCAGGAAAGCGCAGCAGCUUCAAGCUAGACCACGAACCGGCCUCCCCUGAGAUCUGCUGGCUCCGGAAGAGACAGGACACGUGCCGCUGGGGUGUGGGGCGGACUGCGAGGGGAACCAUAGUAACAGGGUUGCGAGUCAUAACUUCAAUUAAAAGUUUUGUUAUUUUGG